AUGUACGGCCUUCCAACGACAACCCCGAUGUUCCAGUUUCAUGGAGAAGAGCAGUCUUCUCGGAUUUUAGACCAGGAGUUCGACAGGUAUGAGCUCACUGGGAAAGAUCCUUAUGUGAUCGUAACUUCUGUUUCGGAACGUUCUUUCCUUGAAAACUUUACAAAAUCAAGCAAUGACAUUCUGCGAAAGUCAUGUGUAUCUUACGAUGAGCAACACUCCAUUGUCCUCAUUGAGAUGGAAAGCGAGGUUCAUGCAUCAGGCUGUGAUGCCUUCCGAUUCCUUAUUGAAGCCUGGGUCACCAAGUCGAAGAGCGUUGUCUCUCCGACAGGGUCUGCAAUGUUUCGUGGCAUUACGAGGAAGAAAAAAGCAGAUUGCUCUUGGAAACCCGCCGAGUUACCAUCAGGACGGAGCCCUAAAUGGCCAACUAUGGCCGUCGAAGUCAGGUGGUCGGAGCCAGCAUCGCACCUCAUGAACGAUGUGUGCUUUUGGCUGAACGAAUCAAACGGAGACGUCAAGGUAGUGUUGACUGUUUCAAUCUUCGCGCGCCAUAGGAUAUCAAUUGAAAAAUGGUCUCUACACCACCGCCGUGGUCAAGAAAAGCCAAUUCCAGUCCAAACUGCGAAAAUCGAAAUCACGAAGGGCCUUGAGAGGAACAGCAAGCCUAAGGUUACCGGAAAUAUGACCAUCCUGUUUGAGGAUGUGUUUCUCCGGCCAAAAAGGCCAACUGAAACCGACUUGACUUUCUCACAGUCGGACUUGGAGCGGAUGGCACUGAAGAUCUGGGCAGUUCAGGACCGAUAG